AGAACAUACAAAAAAGUGACAAAAGCAAUGACGUCAUGAUGCCCCGUGCAUUAAAACAGAACAUAACUCCCACACGGCGUCGUUUUCUGCUUUCAAUACCCCAAUGCGAUCGGUAUCUUUCGUUGAAUCGUAAGAAGACAAAAGUCCACUCUUUGACUUCUCUUACAAUUGGAAAAACUCUCAAACUGGAAAAUUUUCCAAGUUUUCUUCUUUUGUUGACCCAACAACCAAAAUCUAAGAAUUUCAAUUUCAACUUCCCGAUCGUGUCUCCUUCUUGAUUCUCAAUCACCCAAUCCAUUUCAAGAGAGAAGAAAAAGAAAACAGAGCAAAGAUCAAAAACCUUACACAAAUGCUUUCUUGUUCAAUUUCAAAAGCUUAACCACUAAACCCAGAUGCCGAUUCUGACUCUUCUUCUUCUUAUUCUGGGUUUGUUUAUAAGCCCUUCUGUUUCAGACUCGAGAGGAGACACAGUGGCUCAGAUAUGCAACAACAGAACAACGACGCCGCAACAGAGAAGUCUCUUCGUCACCAAUUUCCUCGCCGCCAUGGACGCGGUCUCUCCACUAGUGGAAGCUAAAGGUUACGGACAAGUGGUCAACGGUACCGGAAACUUAACCGUCUACGCUUACGGAGAGUGUAUAAAAGAUCUUGAUAAGAAAGAUUGCGACUUGUGUUUCGCUCAGAUCAAAGCUAAAGUUCCUCGUUGCUUACCUUUCCAAAAAGGUACUCGUGGUGGUCAAGUCUUCUCAGAUGGUUGCUACAUCAGGUACGAUGACUACAAUUUCUAUAACGAGACGUUAAGCUUGCAAGACCGGACAGUUUGUGCUCCAAAGGAGAUUACCGGAGUAAACCGGACGGUAUUUCGGGAUAACGCUGCAGAGUUGGUUAAGAACAUGAGUGUGGAGGCGGUGAGAAAUGGUGGAUUCUAUGCUGGUUUUGUGGAUAGACAUAACGUGACGGUUCAUGGUCUGGCUCAGUGUUGGGAGACUCUUAAUAGAAGUGGUUGUGUUGAGUGUUUGAGUAAAGCUUCAGUGAGGAUUGGUUCUUGUUUGGUUAAUGAAGAAGGUCGAGUUCUUAGUGCUGGUUGCUAUAUGAGGUUUUCUACUCAAAAGUUUUAUAACAAUUCUGGAAAUUCUACAUCAGAUGGUAAUGGUGGUCAUAACCAUUUGGGUGUGAUUUUGGCGGUGACAUCUUCGGUUGUGGCUUUUGUUCUGUUGGUCUCUGCCGCUGGUUUCUUGCUUAAAAAGAGACACGCCAAGAAGCAAAGAGAGAAGAAGCAACUAGGGUCAUUAUUCAUGCUUGCGAACAAAUCUAAUCUCUGUUUCUCCUAUGAGAAUCUCGAGAGGGCUACCGAUUACUUCAGCGACAAAAAUAAGUUAGGACAAGGAGGAUCUGGCUCUGUCUAUAAGGGAGUUCUUACUAAUGGUAAGACUGUUGCAGUAAAGAGACUGUUCUUCAACACAAAGCAAUGGGUGGAUCAUUUCUUCAACGAAGUUAAUCUAAUAAGCCAAGUAGACCACAAGAACCUUGUUAAGCUCUUGGGAUGCAGCAUAACUGGACCAGAGAGCCUUCUGGUCUAUGAAUACAUUGCAAAUCAAAGCCUCCACGACUAUCUUUUCGUAAGAAAAGAUGUUCAACCGUUGAAUUGGGCAAAGAGAUUCAAGAUUAUACUUGGUACAGCAGAAGGAAUGGCGUAUCUUCACGAGGAGUCAAAUCUUAGAAUCAUACAUAGAGAUAUUAAGCUGAGUAAUAUCCUUUUGGAAGAUGAUUUUACUCCAAGAAUUGCUGAUUUUGGAUUGGCUAGAUUGUUCCCAGAGGACAAGACUCAUAUCAGCACUGCCAUCGCCGGUACACUGUAAAGUCUCAAAACUUAUCUUUGUAACUUUAAUAUCUCUCUCUACCGUUUCUUGUGUUGUUUCUGAAGAUUCUUACUUGUGGAAACAGAGGCUACAUGGCACCAGAAUAUGUAGUACGAGGAAAACUAACUGAGAAAGCAGACGUUUAUAGUUUUGGAGUUCUUAUGAUUGAAGUUAUAACCGGAAAACGUAACAAUGCCUUCGUACAAGACGCUGGUUCGAUCCUACAAUCGGUAUGGAGUCUGUACAGAACAAGCAAUGUGGAAGAGGCAGUGGAUCCAAUCUUAGGUGAUAACUUCAACAAGAUAGAAGCGUCACGGCUACUUCAAAUUGGGCUUCUCUGUGUUCAAGCAGCGUUUGAUCAGCGGCCUGCGAUGUCUGUGGUUGUGAAAAUGAUGAAAGGGAGUUUGGAGAUUCAUACGCCGACGCAACCACCGUUUCUGAAUCCAGGAAGUGUAGUAGAGAUGAGAAAGAUGAUGAUGACUCCCACGACGAAUCAGUCUAAUUCUUCAGGAUCAAGGAGUGACUACAUAACCGAGGGUUCGAGUUUCUUUGAACCUAGAUGAGGUUUUAGAUCGUGUUAGAUAUAUCAGUAUCCUUUCGUGUGGAUUCUGAAUCAUCUUGUGUCAUAUGUACAAAAAUUGAGAUGCCAAUUAAUCGUGUGUUAGCUAGGAACUGAGGGUUACUUAUGUGCCACGACAAUGUCAUAGAAGCUAGGAAGUGAACAAUGUAGAGCUUACAUGACGGGGACAGAUUCCGGUUUAGCCUCGGUUUUGAUUGUAGUGAUUCGGUUUACGGUUCAGUAGUUUUAUUUUGUGUGUUAAUUUUGAGUAGCUUUGUAUAUUAGUAAGCGGUUUUUGUGUU